UGCAAUGUUGGAGACCAGAUAGAUAAACAAACAUCUGCUGCCCCCUACUGUGAAAAUAGUUUGUUGGCAAAUGAAUCUUUUCGUUUUUACUUUCAUUGGUGUUAUCAGCUGAUUUAUGUUCAUGACAAAACACUGAACUAUUGCUACACUAUUGCUACAGGAAGUUGCGUCUUCUGGGACCGUGACAUAGUUAUGAUGACGGAAAUAUCUUACUAUUGCUGGUCAUAAUACGUCACAUCACAGUCCAGUAAUUUAUAUUUAGGUGUAUUUAAUUUUCUAACUAGAUGCAGCUGUCUGGAAAAGCACCCCUUGCAUAAUAAUAUUUAAUAAACAUGCCUCUACUACUGUGUAACAAAGUAUCCCAACGUAAGAUUUAUCCACCUUUGUGGGUCAUUAAUACAGAGUUUGUAUAUCAUUUUUUUGAUAUUUACUGCCGUUGGUGUGUUUGUGACCAUUGUACAAACCGAAUGAUCUGAUGCGUUUAGCCGAGUGGUCGAGCAGCUUUACCACAUCCUGUUUAAACUGAUUGACGGGGGGUGCAGCGCUUCAGACGGAUCCCCUGGAAGUGGGACACGCCCACCGCAGCGUCAUCACGCAGCGCUCCUGCCUGUCAUUUCCAUCUGCCAGCAGCUAACAGCCAGCUAACAGCGAACCACACGCCUAACCAGGCUCCACAUAUUCUGGGCGUGUCGAUUGCCAAACUGUGAAAAACUACAUUGAUUUGUGCGAGUGUGUGUCCUCCAGGCUGUGAUGGCAGCAGUUGCAUCCUCGGGUCCAAAGGUCACCGACUGCGUGACCAAGGUGGCGCUGAGCGUGUCCUGUGAGAAUCUGCUCGACAUGGAUACCUUCUCAAAGUCCGACCCUCUGUGCGUGCUUCUCAUGAACAGCUCGGGACCUCACUGGUGCGAGAUUGGCCGGACGGAGAAAAUCCAGAACUGCCUCAAUCCCAAGUUCUCCAAGCCGUUUGUCAUCGACUACUACUUUGAGAUGGUGCAGAAACUCAGGUUCGAAGUGUACGACAUUGACAGCGAGAACCAGAGCCUGCAAGAGGCGGACUUUCUGGGAGAACUGGAAUGCACCCUGGGACAGGUUGUGUCCUCAAAAAAAUUAACAAAACCACUUGUCAUGAAAGACAAGUCACCUGCAGGGAAAGGAACCAUCACAAUAUGUGCUGAAGAAAGAACUGACAACAGGGUGGUGGAAUUUGAAGUUUCAGGUAGAAAACUGGAUAAAAAGGAUUUCUUUGGCAAGUCCGACCCUUUCCUGGAAUUCUACAAGCAGGCAGAAACUGGGUGGCAGCUCGCCCACAGGACAGAGGUGGUGAAAAACAAUCUAAACCCGAUGUGGAGACCAUUCCGCAUCCCGCUGCAGUCCCUCUGUGGAGGUGACGUGGAGAAAUCUAUAAAGAUCGAUUGUUAUGAUUACAACAACAGCGGAUCUCAUGAUUUUAUCGGAUCAUUUGCGACCACACUCGCCCAAAUACAGCAGGCAUCCCAGACAUACGCGGCUGAGUUUGAAUGCAUCAAUAGCAAGAAGAAACAGAAGAAGAAAGGAUACAAGAACUCCGGUGUUAUCAUUGUAAAGCAAUGCAAGAUAGUGAAGGACUAUACAUUUCUGGAUUACAUAAUGGGCGGCUGUCAGAUUAACUUCACCAUCGCCAUUGACUUCACAGGCUCCAACGGGGACCCCCGCACUCCCCAGUCCCUCCACUACAUCAACCCUGGAGGCUACAAUGAGUACCUGGCUGCUAUCUGGGCAGUGGGUAAUGUCAUCCAGGACUAUGACAGUGAUAAGAGGUUCCCCGCUUUUGGAUUUGGAGCCAAGAUCCCUCCUUCAUGGCAGGUCUGCCACGAGUUUCCCAUCAACUUCAACCCAUCGGAUCCGUUCUGUGCAGGUAUAGAGGGUGUGGUUCAAGCCUACCGUCAGUGUCUGCCCCAGGUGACGCUUUACGGCCCCACAAACUUUUCCCCAAUCAUCAACCACGUAGCCCAUUUUGGCAAGCAGGCGAUGCAGCAGGAAACUGCAAUGCAAUACUACGUUCUGCUGAUCAUCACUGACGGAGUGAUCACAGACAUGGAUGAGACACGCAGCGCCAUUGUCAACGCCUCUCGCCUGCCCAUGUCCAUCAUCAUUGUUGGAGUAGGGGGGGCCGACUUCAGCGCCAUGGAGUUCCUGGACGGAGACGACGGAAUUUUACGCUCCGCUGCAGGCGAAGCCGCCAUGCGGGACAUCGUGCAGUUUGUGCCAUUCAGGCAGUUCCAAAAUGGUCCUCAAGAAAUGCUGGCGCAGAGCGUCUUGGCAGAAGUCCCAGGUCAGGUGGUGAGCUUCUUCAAUACAAGCCGUUUGAAGCCCCCCCAGAGCGACGCGCCUCUCCCGGACCUCUCAGCAUCAACACACCCACAUCCCCCCACCCUCCUCCAGUGACCAACUUUUCCCCUGAAUACACUUAAUGAGUCAUGCUAUGAUUUGUAAAUACUUUGUACCAAUCGUCAAAAGCCAUACUACACAGAUAUUGUAAUGCAUUUCCUAUGUACAUGUACUUAGCUUAAGUGCACUCUAAUGUGACACUUCUAUACAACUCAGUGGGACCCAAGUGCCAGGAUUGUUGAGACUUAUGGUCAUUUUCUAUGUGAUUGAUCUCCACAAUCUACCACCUUAAUGUAAACUAAUGUGACUUGUCUCAAGGAUAUCAGUUCAGCCAUCUCAUACAUCCAUGGAAGUUCGUUUCCAUGUUAAUGCUUAAGUUUCCUCCAGUGUCCUAAUACAAUGAACACUUGUAUGUUAGUUUACACACUUUUAUAUUUACUUGUGAAAUUAUAAAUGGCUCUGGAAAUAUUUUGCACAAAAGUUGUGCUCUAUCAAAUACACUUCACAAUGUUUACAUAAUGGAUUGAAUAAGUUUGCCUCAAUUAAUCCCUUUUGUAGGUUUUACGCCCCCAAAAUUGCUUUUUCCCUUGCUACUGUUUUGUAUCUCAGUCCGUAUUUUUGAAAUUGUUCCAUAAUUAAUUUUGACAUAUUAUUUUGUGAUAUGAGCACUAAUGAGAGUCCGUACAAGGGGUGAUUGUCAGGGGUCGUCGUGGCGCAGGGGGUGGAGCGGGUGCGCUGGGAACUGCAAGGUUGGUGAGUCCCGGCUGCCCCAUGUCUCAAGUCGAAGUGUCCCUGAGCAAGACAACUAACCCCGAAUUGCUCCCUGGGCAAAAUGUAAAAGCCAUGGGUUAAAAGUGUAAUGUAAGUUGCUUUGGAUAAAAGCGUCAGCCAAAUGACCUGUAAUGUAAAAAAUGUAAUGUGAUUACAUCGCUAAGUGUCAUGCAUGUCUGGGCUGAUGUACAGCAGAGGUUCACUCUGUCUUAAGAGAUCUUAAAAUGUAUCAAUUUACUGACUGAUUUAUUAUACACUGCUCACUGUGACAUUGCCUUAUUUUUUGUUUGAGUUUCCUAUUGAUACUUUGAUAUUAUAUAAAAUACAAAAAAAUCAAAGUCAACCUAGAAAAUAGCAUGCUUCUAUUUCAGUAUUUUUUUAAAUAAAGAUUUUUGAUCAUUUAAA